GGCUGUGCAACACGAAUGGGUCCCAGGAAGGGGUGUUGGGAGGUUUGUACAGUGUACUUCUGGGCACAUGACCACAAAGGCAUGACAAAACCUCUGGCCCUGAUGUAAUUUACUCUGGACAAUGAACAUGAAUGAUCGGUACUUAAAAACAGCAGAAAUAUUCUGAAACGCAAUGAUGUGAUCCCUGAUAUUGACUUUGGCAACUGGAAUAUGCUCCGUCCAAGGACAGCCGAGCUAGAUUGACUGAGCUCGAAACGGGUAUGGGGAUUCAUGCGGAGUCCUGCUGCCGAGUAUAACCCGGUGAUAGUUUUAAUUAGUCGAAGAUGCCAAUCGCAAAGCUAGUCAGCGCUGACGGACCGGUUGACAUCUACUAUGAGCUGCAAGGCAGAGUGACUACCAACAGGGACGACUACAGCUAUUCAGAAGCAAAGAACGGACGCAAAACCUACGAGAGGCAAUCCAGUAGCCUCAGCAGCGCCGCUGGCACCGAUCACGAGCUCGGUCGAGUCAAAGAUGCCAUUGACUCGGCAGCUGCCGCUGACAGGAAGGCAGACACAGGAAAGCAGAUGCUGGCCAGCCAACCAGGCAGAACAAAUGGGUCAAAAACCUUACAGCCGCAGCGGGGCAACAUUGAGAUGACAGACAUGUCAGGAAAGGCAAGGCCAUACGAAAAUGGGGUGAGUGAGCCAGCAGCAGGCUUGACCGACGGUGCUAAGCAUGCGGUGGAUCAGGGAGCAGCUGGCAGAAAGGGAGGGUUUGAAAAUUCCAAAGCCGGGCCAGAAGAGGCAGUAACGACUCCAAAUGGUCUCAGGGAGGGGGAGCAUGUGAUUGAGAUGCCACACGAAGACCCCGCCCAUGCAUCCAGUCGGGGCGUUGAGGCGGUGGAUCCGAGCGUGUGCGCGAAUGUGCUGUUCAUCUGCGGCAUGUCUGCGCGCGGUCGCACCGAAUUCUUCCACCCCAUAGUCAGCCACCUGACCUCGCUCACCGCCGCCCCUCCGCAGCCGGGCUCGCCGCUGCUCACGUGCUGCACGUUUGACAACCGGGGGAUCGGCAACAGCAGCAUCCCGGACAGGUACGCCGCGUACCGGACACACCUGAUGGCCGCCGAUGCGCUGGCGCUGAUGGACCACCUGGGAUGGGCACGCGCGCACGUCAUGGGCAUGUCUCUCGGGGGCAUGAUCGGGUGCAAGAUGCUGGCGCAUGCCCCCAGGAGGAUAGCCAGCCUGACUAUGUUGUCAACCACCGCCACUGGACUGCAGAUGGCUGGUACCAUGAUGAGCCGCCCCUGGAUCACCCUUCGGGCAGGUGCUGGGCCGUUGGAGUCGCGCAUUCCGGCCAACCUGCGCGCCAACUUCAGCCGCCAGUACCUGUCGCACAAGGUCGACGGCGGCCGCACGCGAGGAGAGGUGCUGACAGACAGCACGUGGGAGGCAAUCCGGCUGGGCAUCACUGAAAAAUUUCUGGCUGAGGGGCAGCCAGAAAUGGGCCGUAACGGCCAUGUCCUAGCAGCCGUCACACACCGGAUGUCAAGGGGUGAGAUCUGGGCAAUGCGUAAAGCAGGCGUGCCCAUGCAGCUGAUUAACGGAAAAUCUGAUGUGGUGGCCGGCCUGUGCUGGGUCAAGAAGCUGGCAAAGCAGCUGCGCUGCCCGCUUAUCCUCACAGAUGGCGCGCAUGCCGGCAUCUGCCUAGAGACUCCGGGCCCCAUCAUAACAGCCAUGGAGCGGAUCAUCAACGUCCCGAGGUUGCGGAUGGUAGCUGCUAAAGCCGGCGCCCUAUGA